AUGUCCGGAUACGGAAGUCCGCCUCCAGGAGGGAACUAUUACCCUCCACCGCCUGAGAAGAGCGGAUACGAUCAACAGCAACAUCAGCAGCCUCAGCAGCAGCAGCAGCAACAACAACAACAACAACAGUACUUUUCUCCCCCACCAGGCGGCGUAUCCUACCCUCCUCCUCCCCAGUCGCCCCCUGCGCACCAACAAACACACCAGCACUACCCGCCUCCUCCAGGUGGCGCUCAGCAACAGUAUGCGCCACCUCCUGAACAGCACCAGCAGCAGCAACAUUUCCCUCCACCCGGUAGCGCCCCGCAAUACCAGCAGCCUGCGCCGCAGCAACCUCAAAUCUCCCAGCAACCGUUGGCGUCGCCCUAUGGCGCACCAAGCCAGAGCCCCCAGCAGAAUGAUCCCAGGGCAUCGAUGCAGCAAACCUUUAGUGCGCAGAAUAUACCACAGUCUCCCGUGUUUGCAGGAGCAGGAGUGGGAGGAGGUGUUGCAGCCAGCGGCCAAGCUGUAGCUGGGGCCCAAGGUCCCGUGGCAAUAGCAACGGCUGAUGAUGUAGGCACCUUCAAUGGAGGGAGUUACCGCGUCAGUCAUCGUGACACGAAUACGAUUCUCACCGUGCAAUUGGCGAUUGGGUGUCCGUUGACUGCAAAGCCUGGCUCAAUGAUCGCAAUGACCCCAACCAUCACGCUAAAAGGCACCAUGAAAUUCUCCCUCAAAAAAGCCUUUACGGGCGGCGAAAUGUCCAAGUCCCAAUACAUUGGCCCUGGCGAGCUUUUACUCGCACCCGCUGCCAUUGGCGACAUCACAAUCAUCAAGCUCAGUGGCAAAGAGACCUGGAGCUGUGGCCACGACGCCUUCUUAGCAUGUACGCAGGGUAUUGUUACCGAGUACAAAAGCCAGGGCCUCAGCAAAGCCAUGUUCAGCGGAGAAGGGCUCUUCGUGUACAAGAUUAGCGGACAAGGUGUGCUUUGGUGCACGAGUUUUGGCGCUAUCAUCAGGAAAGAUCUGCAAAAAGACGAAAAGUACAUCAUUGAUAAUGGCCACUUGGUGGCUUGGAACUGCAAGUACGUCAUGGAGCGUGUUGCUUCGGGUGGGAUCAUGUCGAACAUGAUGGCGGGUGAAGGUCUGGUGUGUAAGUUCACAGGACCGGGCACGAUUUUCAUGCAGACGAGAAAUGCGCAGCAGUUUUCAGCGUGGUUGGCUGCACAUGGGGCGGCGGCUUAG